AUGGAAGUAGAAUCUAAAGAGAAUAUCCGCUACGCCUCCUCGCCCGGCAAAGGGACAAGUUAAGGGCGUUGUGGGAAUAUAGUGAAUAGGGUGUCUAUCGAAGAAUUGACUAAAAGAAAGGGCUCAGGAGGAAAUUGGUCUACUGUAGUGGGCACAGGUGGCGUCUUGUGAUGGUGGUGUGUGUACGUUUGAAAGGCAGAGAUUAGAAAUUGUAUCUAGCAUCGUCCUGUUCUCGUCUCUAAAUUUCAUUUGGAUUGCCGGAGGAGCCGAUUUUUACGCCCUCGCCGGCAAAAGCAAAAGUUCCUUAUUCGGAUGGAAUACCAAGCGGGUACUUAUCAAAAGUUCUUAAGGUCAUUCGUGUUUUUCUGGUGAGCUGGGUGUAGUCUAGGUAGAAGCUAAGGGUAAGUGCACUAUGCACGAAAUACUUUCUCGCAAGUCAUCUCAGUCUUACGUCACCUGCGUCAUCUUUGACGUGAGUCAUGACGUGAGCCAUAACCGACCAUGUCAUAGUCUAUAGUUAUAGCUCCUAGUAGUGCCAAUCUAAUGAAUUAUUAUAGUGAGAUGGAAAAUGUCAGAUCAUAUGCGGCUGGCACCUUAUGAAACAAUAAAACUGAAUCUGAACAAACAGGAUGCGGCUAUGUCAGGAGGAUGGGAAGUAUUACGUUUAUGGCUGUCGUUCCUUGUCGAUGUUGCCAUCCAUCUUUUUCAGUGCGUGGGGACUUUUUAUAGACAAAUGAAAGAUUGUAUAAAAAAGGGAAAAUGGCACUAGGAUGGAUCAAUGGCAUGCAAGAUCUUAGCUCCAUGACGUUCUCUAAUCAGGCAUGCAACGGAGAGACGGAAAAGACACCGUUUACAUCCCAAAAAGGGAAAAUAACGCAAAGUCCCCUGAUCAAGUUUAUGGCUCGUUGUCGCUUCUCUAUGUCUACUUCUUGGAGGUGAGAAAUUUGUUGAGUAAAGUUAAAAAUGUAGCUAAGCGAGGAGGUUCCAAUGCCUUUCUGGUUCCUUAUGGUGAAAGCAAGAUAUAUCAGUCUAUAUGUGAAGGCAAGGGCCUGACUUCCUCUAAGAGUCCUUGUGGUCCGAACAAGGUGGAGGCUCAAAGGCAAAAAGGAUUAAGGUCGAUCACAGUUAUGGAUAGGAUGCGCUGUUUUUCCAUGAAAGGGCAUCUUCGAGACUUAUCCGGAAGGCUUACUUACAUGUUCAGGGUGUCAGGGGUAGUCUCGGUUGUAUGCAAGAUGGAGAAUAUCAUGAUCCAUAACCAUGAAACGAUUGCGGCGCAUUUCGAAAAGCCAGUGCACGUGCUUAAGGAUUGAGGUUUAGCUGUGCAGUAGUCUUCUCUUAUCACUUGAUCAGCAUGGUGGUCAAUGUCAGUUUUUGAGUGUGUGACAAUUGAUAGAAAUCAAUGGGAUUAGAAUACAGCCCCCUGAUAGGGGCCAGCGUUUAUUUCCAACGAGGUUGAAUUAAUAUGGUGAAGGUUCUAUGGGUAGCAUGUGAAGCAAGACUCUUGAAGAGCUGAAUGAAAGGUAAGUGGAGGCGUUUGGUAAUAGGUGGCGCAAAACUGAUGAAGAGCCUUAGGCAAUAGGAUUUAUCUAAGAAUUUUGAUCCGGUGAUCCGGGAAAAGGCUGUUCAAGAGCUUAAUCAAAAAAAGUCAAAAGCUGAAAUUGAAGAGUCGAUGAAAGCAGCGCGCGCGUUAUGGUCACUGUUGCGUUUGUUAGUAAAAAAAAGCUUUAGCUUUGUAAGACCUCUGACUGUUGGAAACUGUACGAAAAUAGAGGUACUCCAAAUUUUCGUGCGCAUACAUAAAUACUUACCCCGGUGCACUGCCAAUUCCAUUGGUGUUUCCUACAUUGUGGGCAGUGCCGUAAACACAAUAGAAAAUGCUUGAUGGUGAAAAGGGGCAAGAGGGUAAGGCGCGUAAGGUCUCCCGGUUACACGCAGGACUCGCUCUAACUUUCAAGGUCAUAGCUGACGUGGAAAGUCUUGGG